AUGGUAGAGUUUCCACGUAAGUGGCACCCAGAGUUCGCCGUUGCGCAUAAGGUGUCCCCAAACUGCAAGGCUACCAGGACAGGCUACAGGGGACAGAAGCCCGAUCUGCCCGCGCUGACGUGGCCUCUACCUAAGGGUGAGUGGAGGGCUUGCGUCUGCAGGAUCGUCAGACUCUUGCUUCCUGGUCCUGCUGGUCGCCUGUGGCGGGUGUGGCCCAAGGGAUGCAAGCAGGUGUCUCCCGCUCGGCGAUUUCACCUCCUUUCAAAGGGCACGGUUUCCUCCUGGUAUCAGGUGCAAUGGUGCGGUCAGCUCCGGGUUCCCCCGUCUGGAGAGUUUGGGAAGCAGGCCUCUGCGGACGGAAGCCUGAGCACCCAAGCUGGGCUUCGGGUCAGCUGGAGGGUGAGAGAGAGAGCUAGGGUUAGGGUUAGGGUUCUGUCUUUGGGACAAGGCGUGUCGGAUCUGGCGACACAGACAUGGUCUCCCCCAAGGCCUGAGGGGAGGGCGCGCUCCAGGAGGCUCCUCCGGCCCUGGGUUUUGGGCCUGCCUGGGCCCAGAGAGCGGAAUGGCCUCCAGGGAGCAUGCUGGGUUCUACCGCUCGGAGGGUCCUAA